GACCAACACAUGUGGAAAAAUUUUAUUUUCAAAACGCGAAAAAAUACGUCCAAAAAAUAGGCUUUUAAAAUGCCUGAUCAAAAAAUAAGAUACAUUGGUGCUGCUUUACAAGCACUAUUGAUUGGUACCCUCACCUAUUAUGGCGUUAAAUGGAUAAUGGAAGCUUUUGAUCCGACAAGAAAAAGUCGCUUAGCUGCGCAAAAACAAGCUGAAAAGUUGUUAAAGAAAAUUGGAGUGGAAGGUGUAAAAUUGAGUGAAUAUGAAUUAGCUAUAGCUGCCGACUUGGUAGACCCCCUGUCAUUACCAGUAGAAUGGACACAGAUUGGUGGGCUUCAAGAUACUAUUCAGGAGGUUAAGGAAACAGUGAUAUUACCCAUAAGACAAAGAGAUAUAUUUGAAGGAUCACAACUUCUUGCUCCUCCUAAAGGAGUUUUAAUAUACGGCCCACCUGGAUGUGGUAAAACGAUGAUUGCUAAGGCAACUGCAAAAGAAGCAGGGUGUAGAUUUUUAAAUCUUCAAGUAUCUUCUCUGACUGAUAAAUGGUAUGGGGAAUCUCAGAAGCUAGCCGCUGCAGUGUUUUCACUGGCUAUUAAGCUGCAGCCAUGUAUUAUUUUCAUUGAUGAAAUAGAUUCAUUUUUAAGAGCAAGAGAUAAAACUGAUCAUGAGGCCACUGCAAUGAUGAAAGCACAGUUUAUGAGCCUAUGGGAUGGGCUUCUUACUGAUCGUGACUGCCAAGUGAUAAUAAUGGGUGCAACCAACAGACCUCAAGAUGUAGAUAAAGCAAUAUUAAGAAGAAUGCCAGCAUCAUUCCAUGUUGGGCUUCCUAAUGAAAAGCAAAGAGAAGAAAUCCUUCGAAUAAUCCUUGGACAUGAAAACGUAGAUGAUGAGGUGUUUCUUAAUUUAAAUGAAUUAGCUUCAAUAACUAAUGGUUUUUCUGGUAGUGAUCUAAGAGAAGUCUGUAGGGUUGCAGCAAUGUCUUGUGUAAGGGACUACUUGAAGGACAGACGUGAUGAAUCGGGAGAUAAUGGCAGUGAAACCCUUGUUCAAACCAUGCUCAGACCAAUAAACAUGAAUGAUCUGAACAAGUCUGCUCUCCAGUACAGCUCAAGUGUAGCAUUAAAGACACAAAUUUAAAAUGAAUGCAGCUCAUAAAAAUAGGUUUUCUAAAAUUGACAGGGUUGAUAUAAUACUUAAUAUUAGGUCAUUUUAAAGUAAUAUUUAAUGGUUAAAAACAUGACUCACUUAUACUUUAUUUCACAAAGUUCAAUUUAAUAAAAUUAGUGCUUACCUUAUUUAUUAUUUUUUCAAAAAAGUAUUUGAAAAUCAGAGUGAAAUCUUUUUAGGCAUUUAUUUUCAUUAUCCUAAGAUUAUAAUUAUAAUAUAAGUUUAUAUUAUUUUUAACGGUAAAAGUAAAACACUUUGUGAUUGCAGUCUAAAUAAUUCAGUUAAUAACAUUAUGACAUUGAAAACCUUUAUGCUUGAACAUAAAUUAUAUGCUUUAUGAAAUAUACAAAUUCAGUUCACUAUUCUUUGCUUUUAUUCUCAAUAAUUUUUGGAAAUCUACAAAUCAAUGGUAUAUUAUUUCAUUAUUGGAUGCCAAUGAAAUUAAAGGUACUUCUAUGACAUUAUAUUAGCAAUAUAUAGACCGUUUUCUCAAGAUUGCAUGCGCAUCCAAAUUUAAGGAACUUGACAGGCCACAAUAUACCAGAACAGGAGCUUAUAUAUAAUGAGAAUUAUUAUACAUUUCUAUGAGAUUUUUUUGAUAAGAAUUCAUGAAAUUGAUUAUUCUCCUCUUCGAUUAAACAUAAAACUGGCUUCUCAAUUUUACUGAAUUUGCAUUUUUCAUUUUUGUGGCCUGUCAAGUUAGAUGCACAUAUAAACCUUGAGAAAAUGGUCUAUAGCAUGCAUGGUUAGAAAAAAGUGGGUUGAGUUGGCAUUGCAGUGCAUUGUGGGGCUGUUUUAGGGGACUAAAUAGAUGCCAUCUUGGAAAUAUGUUCCCUAAAACAGACCCCAAAGGCACUGCAAUUACAUCAACUCAACCAAGUUUUUCCCUCAACCUAGUUAUAACAAGUAAUUACUAUUAAAUAGUAAUGAGCCAUAGCAAACUAGUUUUUCCCCUAACAAAAUAAUGUCCUUGGAAUGCCUUGUUUGACAUCCAACAAAACCUAAUUUAAUUUGUCUUUGAUGACAAUCUGUUAUAUAUUUUUUUUGUAAAGAUAAUAAAUUCAACAGACUAUAAUAGACCAGAAUAAAUUAGAUGUUUCAAUGGAGGAAUAGCAAGCUUACAGCUGUACAUAGACUAGCUUACAGCAAUCAUUUGUUUUCUCUAGCAGGUUCAUUAAUAUUUUUGUGUGUUUAUAUUGAUUCACAAAAAUAAGUUGUUUCAAUGGAGAUUUGAAUAGCAAUUAGCUUGCAGCUGUACAAAGACAAGCAUUCCUCUAUUAAUUCAAUGUUUAUUCAUAUUUUUUGUGUGUUUGCAUAUAUCAAAAUCUGUAUCAAAUGCUAUUAAAAUUUGUUAUCAAAUGCUA